AUGAUGUCCUGUAAUGGCACAUCCAUUGAGACUUUUGAAUACUUGCUGCUGAAUGGCAACAACGUGUCAGACUCUGGGGCAACCCUGCCAGCCGCUCCCCUGCGGGUGUGCUUGGCAGUAAUCAUGAUGCUGAUGAUUGUGGUUGGGUUCCUUGGCAAUUCUGUUGUCUGCAUCAUCGUGUAUCAGAGGCCAGCCAUGCGUUCAGCCAUCAACCUGUUGCUGGCCACACUGGCCUUCUCUGACAUCAUGCUGUCCUUAUGCUGCAUGCCCUUCACUGCUGUCACCCUGAUCACCGUCCACUGGCACUUUGGGGAUUAUUUUUGCCGGCUCUCAGCCACACUCUACUGGUUUUUUGUUCUGGAGGGUGUGGCCAUCCUGCUCAUUAUCAGUGUGGACCGCUUCCUCAUCAUUGUCCAACGCCAGGACAAGCUGAACCCUCGGAGGGCCAAAGUGAUCAUUGCUGUGUCCUGGGUGCUGUCCUUCUGUGUCUCGGCUCCCUUGCUGGCCAGCUGGACCAUUGUUGAGGUACCAGCACGAGCCCCCCAGUGUGUGCUGGGUUACACAGAGUUCCCAGCUGGCCGUGCCUACAUGGUAACGCUGGUGGUGGCUGUGUUCUUUGUGCCCUUCAGCAUCAUGCUGUGUGCCUACCUGUGCAUCCUGCACACAGUCCGGAAGAACACCAUCCGUGUCCACAACCAGUCUGACAGCCUGGACCUGAGACAACUCACCAGGGCCGGCCUGAGGCGGCUGCAGCAGCAGCAGCAGGUCAGCCUGGACUUGAGUUUCAAAACCAAGGCCUUUACCACCAUCCUCAUCCUCUUCGUGGGCUUCUCACUGUGUUGGCUGCCUCACUCAGUCUACAGCCUUCUGUCCGUGUUCAGCAGGAGAUUCUACUGCAGCCCCUCUUUCUAUAUCACCAGCUCCUGUGUCCUGUGGCUCAGCUACAUCAAGUCUGUCUUCAACCCCAUUGUGUACUGCUGGAGGAUCAAAAAAUUCCGUGAGGCCUGCAUAGAGUUGCUGCCCCAGACUUUCCAAAUACUCCCCAGAGUGCCUGAGAGGAUCCGAAGGAAAAUCCAGCCAAGCACCAUCUAUACGUGCAACGAAAACCAGUCUGCUGUGUAGGGAGAGGCAGGCA